AUGUUAGCCUUGAGCUCUAUGAUCUAUACCAUAGACAAUCAAGAAGCCAGUCAGUUAGAGGGUCUGCUAGAUACUCUGGACACACAAGUGGAAACCAAAACCUGUCCAGGAACGUGUAUACAUUCGCUGGCCGCUUUACUCUGCAGCGAGGUCCUUGAAGAGGUGGAGUGUCCAGGCUCUUCUAUGAAGUGCUGUGCUGACGACACUAGCAGUAACGAGACCCAACCGACAACCCACCGGCCACACCCAACCCGGCACACGACGAUAGACGACGAUGAUUAUGACGAGGAGCCUUCAACACACGCGCCGGCAGACAAAUACAAAAACAGUGGAAACAUAGCUUGCCCUGGCGUAUGCGUGGAGUCCCGUCUGACGCUGUACUGCGAGGCUUACCUUACCUCCACGGACCUGUGCGUUAAGGGAAGGCUGUGCUGCGUGUCUAAGGAUGCAUAUGGUGAUAGACCACCAGCAGACCUCGUGGUGCCCAACGAAAAGAAGUACUCCACCAAGCGGCCUACUACCGCGCUAACCACAACUCCAGCUCCUAAACCAAGGCCUGGUCGCAAGUGUCGUGGUGACUGCAUCUCAGGUCUGUUCUCCCUGCUCUGUGACAACGUAGAUGAAGAUGCUGUGUGUCCUGGUGAAGGCGUCUGCUGCAUCACAGAAACUAAGAAUGUUGAGACCACGACUAGGAGACCUACUACCACGCAUAGACCUCGACCGACCACCCCUGUUCCUCUACCAAGAUGUCCGGGAUACUGUCUGCAUGGCAUAAUGAGGGCGUUUUGCGAACCUCCAGCAGUACUGCUGGCUCACACGCACUGCAAAAUGCAAGGAUUCAUCUGCUGUGAUAACACCAGAGUACCACCACGGACAACGCAUCGUCCUACCACCACCACGACAACCACCACAACCACACCAGCGCCAACAGACCCACGACCUGACUGUCCUGGAUCUUGCAUCGUAUCGCUGCUGUCUUUCACUUGCUUCCGUAACGCAGAAAUGACAGACGUAUUCAAAUGCAAGAAGGCUGGUACUCAGUGCUGCGCGCCCAAGUCGAAGGUCCAGGAGGUAGUUGGUGGACGACCACUGAACGACACUGCCCCUCUCCCACUCCCACAGCCGGCGACCAACUACCAGCAUUACACCACUUCCAUGGUGGCGCAUACGCACACCACGCCAAUGGGUACCGUUGAUGUUGCCUACGAGCCGAGCUACGGGACAACUUUGUCUUCCACAGAAAAAUAUAACAAAUACGUGUGCGGAGUAAAAGGUAUAACAUCACGCUCGUCCCGCCGGUUGGGUCGAGUUAUGGGUGGGGAGGACGGUGAGCGGGGCGAGUGGUGUUGGCAGGUCGCGCUCAUCAACUCGUUGAACCAGUACCUCUGUGGAGCUGCACUUAUUGGAACGCAAUGGGUACUAACUGCCGCGCACUGCGUUACUAACAUCGUGCGAUCAGGGGACGCCAUCUACGUCCGAGUAGGAGACCACGACCUGACCCGCAAGUAUGGGUCACCAGGAGCGCAGACUCUCAGGGUGGCUACUACCUAUAUACAUCACAACCACAACAGCCAGACCCUGGAUAAUGAUAUCGCGUUGUUGAAACUCCAUGGAAAAGCUGAGCUCAAAGAAGGGGUGUGCCUGGUAUGUCUGCCGGCACGAGGGGUGAGUCACGCCGCAGGCAAGAGAUGCACAGUCACCGGAUACGGAUACAUGGGAGAAACCGGUCCUAUUCCUCUGAGAGUUCGUGAGGCAGAACUUCCGAUCGUCAGCGAUGCGGAGUGCAUACGCAAGGUUAAUGCUGUGACAGAGAAGAUCUUCAUCCUACCGGCUAGCUCCUUCUGUGCUGGGGGAGAGCCAGGCAACGAUGCAUGUCAGGGUGACGGUGGUGGUCCGCUAGUGUGCCAAGAUGACGGGUUCUACGAGCUGGUGGGCCUCGUGUCAUGGGGCUUCGGCUGCGGCAGACAAGACGUGCCCGGCGUAUAUGUCAAAGUGUCGUCUUUUAUCGGAUGGAUCAACCAAAUCAUCUCUGUUAAUAAUCUAUAG